GACCGAAGAAAAAGAGGAACGGCUGGCGCCAUGUGUUUCUGCUGGGCCGAAGCUGGUUUUUGGGCUAAUGUAGUGGUUACCGGGCAACAGAAGGCCAUUCACUGGAGUUAUUUUGUACCUACGGAUAUACAUGAAGAGUGAACACCAAAGUGCGUGUGAUGUUAUUGUUUGGCUGUGGUGCGAAGGCGGACAUACCAUUCUCGCUAAAGCUAGCCUCGCAUCGGCGGACACUCCAAACUUGCACGGUUAGCAGUGGGGCAAGGAAAGCAGUGACUUUAAAGGGAAAGGACGGUUAAAGUUUCUUUACUAUGGAAAAGGGAAGCUCCAAAGACGGCGGCGGUUCCGACUCGGAGCGAGACCGCCAGUACUGUGAACUUUGUGGUAAAAUGGAGAACCUACUAAAGUGCGGUCGGUGCAGAAACUCUUUCUACUGUAGCAAGGAGCAUCAGAUCCAGGACUGGACCAAGCACAAGCGCGUAUGCAAGAAGGAAACAGACAAAUCUCAGUGUCCGGCGCAGCCAGGACCGUCGCAGCCUCCUCCACGGCCCGCGAAAGAGGGGCAGCAGCGGCUCUCGCGGAAGAACAGUGCAAAGCAAAGUGAUGCGGCGGCUACGCAAGAAGGCACCGCACAAACAGGCCCUAGUAGCCCACCGUCCGACGGUGAAAGAAUGAAAGAUUUUAUCACUUCAACAAUGACGGGCCCGGGAGCCGGGGACGACAACAAACAAGCGGGGGACGGAAUUACCAACAACACCAAGCCCAACGGACAAACGCGGUCCCCCCCGCAAAGACUGGCCAUGGAAUAUAUAGUUCCAUGUAUGAACAAGCAUGGCAUUUGCGUUGUUGACAACUUCCUCGGCGAAGAGACUGGCUUGAAUAUACUCGAGGACGUCAAAUCAUUGCACCAGAGCGGUAAAUUCACAGACGGUCAGCUUGUCAGUCAGAAAAGCGAUUCGUCCAAAGAUAUCAGAGGGGACAAAAUUACUUGGAUCGAGGGAAGAGAACCCGGCUGCGAGAAAAUAGCUUUUCUGAUGAGUCGCAUGGACGAUCUAGUUAGACACUGUAACGGUAAACUGGGGGACUACAAGAUUAACGGAAGGACAAAGGCGAUGGUUGCGUGUUACCCGGGCAACGGCACGGGGUACGUGCGCCACGUGGACAACCCGAAUGGCGACGGCCGCUGCGUCACCUGUAUUUAUUACCUGAACAAGGACUGGGACGCCAAGGAUCACGGAGGCCUAUUACGUAUUUUCCCGGAGGGCAAAGCUCAGUUUGCCGACAUCGAGCCCAAGUUUGACAGACUCCUCUUCUUCUGGUCGGACAGGCGGAACCCACACGAAGUGCAGCCGGCCUACGCUACUAGGUAUGCCAUUACGGUUUGGUAUUUCGAUGCUGAUGAACGGGCUCGAGCUAAAGAGAAAUAUCUAACGGGUGCAGGAGAAAAGGGAGUGAAGGUGGAGUUGAACAAGCCGUCGGAUCCCAGCUAACGAGGAGAGACAGCGGAAGAAGAAGAAGAAGAGGAAGGGAGGGACGGAGGGAUGGACAGAUCUCCCCCUACAAACACACACACACACACACACACACACACACACACACACACACAC